AUGGACGACUCGUUAGAAGCACCCAAUGCUCUCCUAUCGAACGCACCCCUUGGGGAUCAACCACCAGAAGACGACGAAGGACCUGCGUCUGACGAGGAGGAUGGCGGCUUGGAUUGGACGAAGUUGCUACCUCCUUCGCAGAGACCCGUCAUACCGAAACGCGGAGAGAAAGAAUUCGAACCGCGAGGGGCUGGAGGAACGAACUUGCAGCAGCAUGUCCUUGAUCGCUCGAGAAAUGCGAUGUUUGACACCUUGCGCGCGACAAGGACUACCUCAAGCAAAGCUAUCAGCUACGCGACCUGGUACCCCAAAAUUGCUCGCACGCACGUUACAGUCGCUCGUGGCAUCCACUUCUCGACUAUGGGUCACUCUGCACCCCGCGCCAUCGUAGGAGAGGACGGCAUUUCAAAGAUCCAAAAACGUCUCGAGCUCUUACCAGAGGAAGCCAUCUACCUCAUCGAGCGAGGGACCCUGUUUUGUUGGAAGGCGGUCGAUUUGGAGUUGGGAGACGUGCCGGGGUUGGAGGAGGUUGGAGGGGCACCGAUGACCGUCCAGCAGGCGUACAGCGAGAUGAUUGGGAAGGAGGAUUUAACGCUGGAGAAAUUUCAGGUGUACGCAUACCUGAAACGACUAGGCUAUAUGGUGACGAGAACAAAUCCUCCUGAUUCACACUAUCCUGUUCCUUCGAGUCUUGCGAUUACACGACCCGCACCUUCAAUCCUGGAACGAAUACGGUCCAUAUUCCCUCAGUGGAUAUCCUCCAUCUGGAGAGUUUUGUUUGGCCGUCUGGAUUGGUGGAAGCCCGUAAAAAUCAGCCGCUGGCUACAGGGCAAUAAGUCAUACUUGUCGCUGUAUCAUUCGAUGCGCUUCAUGUCAGCUGGUCAUAAAGUUCCACUACACUCCUCAAAAGCCACAUUAGGCGCAAGAUCUACGUCGCCCUAUCGCAUAUUUUAUAACCUAUAUAAACCCUCUACGCCUUUCAAGAAAUCGGCACCCCCGCCUCCAGACUUUCAGAUCGUGGUAAUCAACGCUCGCACCACGCCCAUGCCAACCCUUCAAGAGCUGACAGACCUCUUUGACGUCCUCCCCGAAGUGCCCCUUCCCGGACCCCGUCAGAAACGGGGACCAUACGGGUCGCAAGCCCCCGUCGUGUCUGCAACCACCGCACAACGACCGACUCCAACAACAGCCGCCGCCGCUCCCGAACCUACUCCAACGUCGUCGCCUCCGCCCUCAUUCCUCCGCAAAUUCUUCCCGUGGUUCUUCCACUCAUCGUCUUCGUCUUCUUCUUUGCCUCUGCCAGCUACAGCGUCCGCGCCGGCCGGAGCGCGUAGAAUCAACCCGUUCGUAGCACUGAAGACGGGAAAGAAGGUCGUCAUUAUCGCGGCUGUGGACACUGGGAAUAUCAGUUUCUUCAGGUUUGGGCAGGGCGAGUUCAGUGAAUGGCCAAUGGCGUAG